AUUGAAUAUGAAAAAUCAGCAGCUUCCAUUUCAGCUUUUGACACAACACAGGCAAAGUGCAAGGCCACUAUCGAGAAGCCCACGGGAAUACUUGUUUGGAACCUUGCACCCCCCCCUCCCCUUAUCAUAACACACGUACAACCCCCUUCUCUAUCAAUAAGUCUAAUAGUCUGCUGUUGUCAACAUUUGCAUUGGAAAAUAAGGGAAAUAUUGUCCAGCCGUGUUUAUUAUUUAUUUGUCGGGGAAAAUAAGGUCAGGUAUUCCAUGCAGGAUUUCCUGGAAUGAUAAUGAGGACACAAAGGAUGUAAAGUCAGGGAAAAAAAAAUAGAAAAUCAUCAUUGAGGUUAGUGUUGCACUGAAAAAUCAUGAUUUGGUGAGCACAUUUUGCAGGAUAUGUGCACUCACUGCACUCAGAUUAGAUAACCAGCCUCUCGUGUUCUCUUGUCCCUCCCCCUGGCAAAGAGCUUUAAAAGGAGUGGUUUGCACAUUGUCGUAUGUCUUCAGACUUCACCACAAGCACACCACACCACAUCAGCAUGGACUUCUCCAAAAAUGCAACAGAGCAACCAGAGCCUCUUAAGGCUGAAGUGAAAGGGAACAUCCCUUCCUGGCUGCAAGGCACGCUACUUCGCAACGGUCCCGGGAUCUUCUCAGUGGGGGACACCAGCUACAACCACUGGUUUGAUGGCAUGUCCAUCAUGCACAGCUUCACCUUCAAGGAUGGCGAAGUGACCCACCGGAGCAGGUUCCUCAGAGGUGACACCUACAAAGCCAACAUGGAGUCCAAUAGAAUUGUUGUAUCUGAAAUGGGAACGAUGGCCUACCCCGACCCGAGCAAGAACUUCAUUGUUAAGGCGAUCACCUUCCUCAACCACACGGUUCCCGACUUCACAGACAACGGUGCCAGCAAUUUCAUCAAAUACGGUCAGGAUUAUUUUGCCACCUCGGAAACCAACUACAUUCGCAAAAUCGACCCCGUCACCUUGGAAACGCUGGACAAGGUGGACUACAUGAAGUUCCUUCCUGCGAACUUGGCGACAUCCCAUCCUCACUACGACAAGGACGGCAACGCCUACAACAUGGGCACUUCUAUAGCCGACAAGGGCAAGACAAAAUACAUGCUGUUCAAAGUCCCGGCUCUUUCUCAGAAAGACAAGGACAAGAACGUCCUGGCGCUGAAGAACGUCCAGGUGAUCUGCUCCGUGCCCUGCCGCUCCCUCCUGACUCCCAGCUACUACCACAGCUUCGGAAUGACGGACAACUACUUCAUCUUCAUCGAGCAGCCCUUCAAGCUGGACAUCGUCAAGAUGGCCACCGCGUACAUGAGAGGCGUCAACUGGGCCAGCUGCUUGAAAUUCCACCCGGAAGACAACACGCUGAUCCACCUGAUAGACAGGAAGACGGGCAAAGAGGUGGAGACCAAGUACUACACGGAAGCCAUGGUGGUCUACCAUCACGUCAACGCCUUCGAGGUGGAUGGUCACGUCGUUUUUGACGUCAUCGCCUACAAGGACAACAGCCUUUAUGAGAUGUUCUACCUGAGCAAGCUGAAGGACAACCAAGGGCAUCACGACCAGAGCUACUCCAAGCCCAGCUACAAGAGAUUCGCCAUUCCCGUUCGGCCAUCCCAGGGCGCGGCGAUCGGAGAGAACGUGGUGAAGGUGAAAUGCACCACAGCCAGCGCGGUGAAAGAGAAGGAAGGCAAGCUAGUGUGCCACGCCGAGGUUCUCUGCGAAGGGUUGGAGCUGCCUCGAAUUAACUACGACCUGAACGGCAAGAGCCACCGCUUUGUGUACGGGAACUGUGUGGAGCAAUCUGUUCUGGCUAAAGAGAUCGGCAAGUUUGACAUCGAAAGCAAGCAACUGCUGACCUGGAGCGAAGACAACUGCUGGCCGUCCGAGCCGGUCUUUGUGCCGAGACCCGACGGCGAGGCGGAGGAUGACGGCGUGGUGUUAGCAUCUGUGAUCAACACCAACCCCGAUCAGUCUAACUUCAUCCUGAUUCUCGACGGCAGAACAUUCAAGGAAGUAGCUCGGGGGUAUGUGAACACUGACCUCCAAAAAGACAUGCAUGGAUUUUUUAUCCCUUUCGGAAAUUAGCCUUUUAUUGUAUACAUUUCCAAAUAUUUCGGAGAACUGUGCCAAAAAAAAAAAAAAAAACGAUUGUAAUAUGAUGCAACAUAUAGUACUAUAUAUCCCCAUGUUAUUCUCUAUUGUUGCUGUUUUUGGUGCUAUUUUCUUUCACUAUUGAAGAAAAUGAAGGAAAUUGAUUGCAACAAUAAAUCCAUAAAGUGGGUGUAGUCAUCAUUCUCAAGGUCUUUACCUCGAGGGAAUCAUGUGACCAGUCGCGGCUGUAUAUUAUUGCAUCACACUGACCUAGUCUAACAUGUUGGAAACAUGGCAAAGUCAGUGUUGACGUGAUAAAAAAGACUGCAUGCACCACUUGGAAAUAAUUUUUUGAAUUAAAAAUUUUAAUUAAAUUUUUUUUAAUGUGAGAAAAAAAACACAGAAUGAAGUU